AGUAAAAUGGUUCGUCCAACAGAUUUGAUGCUUAAUCAGACGGUUGCUAUAGUAUACCAAGCGAUUACAAUAAUGCUUGUACUAAUUGUCACACAAUUUCUUGUAUAUAAUUCAAUCGCAUUUACGAAUAACAUUUUAGAUUUUCAUUUUCAAUUAUUAAUUGAAUUAUCUACUAUAUUCGCUAAUCUUAAUGGUGCAACAACAAUUAUUUAUUAUUUUGUAUUAGGUACCAAAUAUCGAAGAGUUGGCAGACAGAUUAUUCGACGAUUGAUGAAUUAUUUAUUUUGUUCGAAGAAAGCACAAAACAAUCCGUCUGGUCAAACAUACAAUAAUGUUACAACAAAAAUUUAUAACAAUUGGAGUAAACAUCGGAAAUUAGCGUACUCAUUUACUUUAGCGUGUAAAUUAGUGUAA